AUGACCAACGUCGACGCUCGAAUCUCGCUUCAAAGGAGUCGAUUUACCUUGAUCCAAGAAGCAGCUGAUUUCAACGAUGAAGACGUUCCGUCUCCAAACCGUCAGCUUAUCAACACCCGAUUGGCUUUAUUGGAACAAAACUGGAACAGAUUUCAAGAGGAACACGAAAGUCUCUGCCUUUCUGAGAGUGACGGUUUGAGCAGUCAGCCCUACGUCACGGAACGCCUUUACGAGCGUUGCCAAGCCUUUUACGUCUUCUCACGAGCGAAGCUACUCACCAGACAAGAGGAACUGGACAGCGUGAGUCAACCUUCCGGUUCGACACCUGCUGAGCAGACAACGGCCCGUCCAUUGCUACCGCGCAGCGCAUUACCAAGGAUUAAGUUACCAAGCUUUUCUGGAGAAUAUCAUUCCUGGAGAACGUUUCACGACUUGUUCAGCUCGAUGAUUAAACACAACACCGAUUUGACAGAGGUAGAGAAGAUGCAUUAUUUGAAGACGUGUCUGACCGGAGAGGCGGCAAAAUUAAUCAACAACCUAUCGCUUGCGGGAGAUAGCUUUGCAGUAGCUUGGAACCUGCUGGUCUCAAGAUAUGAAAACAAACGAUUCUUAAUCAACAUACAACUCGACCGCAUAAUGAGCCUGAAACCUCUCAAGAAUAAAAGCGCGAACGGACUCAGGACUUUUCUAACGACCAUUCUGGAAGCCCUCGGUGCUCUAAGGGCUCUCGACUGUUCCGUACACCAAUGGGACCCCCUACUGUUACAUCAGUUUACAAGACUCUUGGACUCGGAAACACGCGAGGCAUGGGAGGUAAAACUCGGUUCGUCCCCUACCUUUCCGACCUUCGCUCAGUUUGAGGAAUUUCUGGAUGGAAGAACAAGAGCGUUGGAGAUUCUUCAACCUAUCUCUGUAACGGGAUCUAAAAGGGAUCAUCCCGGUAGUAACUCCCGCCGACCGCACGCAAGUAUCGCUGCCCAUUCCUCCACAACCCCGCCCCCUAAAGGAUCGGGCGGUUGUCCGUUGUGUGGAGAUUCGCAUUACAUAGCCAAAUGUGACCGCUACCGGCCGAAGACACUCAAACAACGCCGAGACAUCAUCAUUAAGCACCGAAGAUGCUUCAACUGCCUUGGUCCGCACAAUGUCAAGAAUUGUAAAUCCACAAAGCGUUGCCUGACCUGUGGCAAGAGGCAUCACACAUCCCUACACGAAGUAAAAGCCGAAACGGCUACGAAACCUCCGACGGACAUCAAAGUUACGCCCAGCGAACAGCCAGCAACGAGCUGA